GAGGGAGGGAGGGAGAGGCGGAUUGAGGGUGGGAGAUCGGCUGCCUGGGCGUUUGGCGGCGAGGAUGCAGAUGGGUGGCUGAGGCGGAGACUGCAGCGGGACACGGAGGCUGCUACCCGGGCGAUGUCCCUGUGAUAAUGUCGCUUCUUGCGGCGCUGGCACUCAGCCUGCUGAGCUUGUGGAGCUGCGGGCUGCGGGCAGCGCUGGGCAAAGCGCUGGGCGUUCACGAGGUGUCUAUAAAAGUGCAAGUCUUCGACAACGGUGACCUGUCUCCCCUGUCAGAGGCCGCGGUGGAUGUUUACACAAACCAGUCGUGGUUAGCUGCAGGAACGACGGACAGAGAUGGCGUGGCACUGAUCACCGUACAGUACCGACUGGGAACAUGGCUGGUCGUCAGCGCUGCAAAGCACGGCUUCGUCACCAACUCUGCCCCCUGGCACGCCAAAAAAACUCCACUGUUUACGUCGGUGAGCCUCUAUCUCCUACCGGAGCGACCAGCGACCUUAAUGCUGUACGAUGACGUGGUGCAGAUCCUGCUGGGUUCGCCAGGUGCCAAGAAUCAACCGUGGGUCCAGUUCAGAAGGAAGAAUGUUGGGCUUCCAGAAAACACUUCGUACAGUGAUCUGUCUGCCUUCCUCACCACGGCCAACGAUGACAUGGGAGUGGAGCGAUUCCCCUAUCUCCUGGGCUACGAAGCCAAUAAAACAGUGAAUCGCUCCAGGUUUGAACUGACUCCUGUGGCUGCCAUCAGCAUUCACCUGUUCACCAGCAAUGGGUCUCGUGUCAAAGUCUCGGGCCCCAUUGACGUCUCUGUUCCUUUGCCCACUGACGGCCUUGUGACAACUAUGAGAAACAUCCCAGUCUGGAGGUUUGAGAGGAAGAUUGGGGUUUGGGUGAGGAGUGGGACCGGGAUGAUCAUGAAGGACGGGAGCCAGCUCACCUGGGUGUACCGCGCUCCACAGCUGGGUUACUGGGCAGCAGCCCUGCUUCCCUUAAGCCAAGCUGCAGUCAACACAUCAAGGUUUGGAGACCUGAGCACCUACCACACCAUAUUCUUGCUCACCAUCCUUGGAGCCAUGGCUCUCCUGGUCCUGGUGCUCCUGUGCUUGCUUCUCUAUUACUGCAGGCGAAGAUGUCUAAAACCACGGCAACAUCACCGAAAAUUGCAGAUUGCUUCCACGUCGGACAACUCCAAGAAGGACCAGGCCACCUCCAUGUCUCACAUCAACUUGAUCAGUACCAGCCACCUGGAGUCGGUGUCCUCCAACGGGGACAUGGACAUUCACACACCCAUCCUGAAGUCCGCCUUUAGUACCUCUCGAGAGUUUGAGAGCUCUAGGGAAGAGUUCUUCAAACAGAUUCCGUAUAGGGAUUCAGGUCCAAAGAUGAGGCACAUCAGCAAAGCAUCCACUGACACUCUGGCCCACAGAGGGAAUUCCAAGGAAGACUACCACAGGACGGUGGAGAGCUAUCCGCUGAAGGUUGCAAGGUCCAUGGAUGCUUCAGGAGAGCUGGAACCGCCUCUGAUGGAUGACUACAGACGCAGCUAUAAUUCGAUGGUCUCACAGCAACCAACAGACGAAAAGGGUAGAGAGAUUCAGGGCCGGCGCGUUUUGGCUGAAAGUAAACUGUGUGCAAAUGAUCCACCCUCACCCCCCCCACUGCCACCACCUUUCGAAUCUCUUGGUGGCCACAAAAUGGAUAAUAAGACUUCGGAAUACAUGAUGUCCCAAUCUGUUGACCAUCUGGCCAGGCCUACAACCCUGUCCCAGCACGGUCAACUAAUCUUCUGUGGAUCAAUCGAUCACAUGAAAGACAACAUGUACAGGAAUGUAAUGCCUACUUUGGUCAUUCCCGCCCAUUACGUGGGAUUAACUUCCGAUUAUCCUUGCAUGGACUCGUCAGCAAGCGGCCCAAUGGAACAGAUGGAGAUGAAAGGGAUGCAGAUGGGAGUCCCAUUGUCCCAUCAGCCUGGAGCCCAGCAGUAUCAACACCAAGGCCAACAGGCGACCCCUCAGUCAGACGAUGGAGAAGACAAACCCUGGGGCCCCCAUUCCUCUUCCAUGAGCGGCCCAAUGGCGGUAUUGCUGAACGAGUCAGCGAUGGCACAGAUGAAUGGGGAGCUGCAGGCAUUGACCGAGAAGAAGUUCUUGGAGCUGGGGGUGAAGCCUCAGCACCCCAGGGCCUGGUUUGUGUCGUUGGAUGGCAGAUCCAACGCUCACGUUCGGCACUCCUACAUCGACCUGCAGACCGGGGAGAGGAUCGGCAGCAACGACGCCAGUCUGGAUUCUGGUGUGGACGUGAACGAGACCAAGGCUGGGAGGAAGCCCAAGGAGGAGCGGGAGAGGCACGGUCCCGGAAACAUGGCCUACAGCAAACUGGUCUACGUGGAGGACAAUGAGCAGAGCAGCAGUGAAAGCAGAACGGCGGUCUGCUCGCCAGAGGACAACUCGCUGACUCCUCUGCUGGAGGAGAGCUCCGAGCACAGGCAGACCCUCCAUCGAGAGCACAGCAGAGGCAACAGCAUGAGGAGCAGCAUGAGCGAGACCCGCAGGGAUUCCACCACCAGCCCAGAGGAGGAGAUGCAGGAUCAGUCUGAAGGGGGCGACGACCAAGGGGAGAACAAAAAGAGUCCUUGGCAGAAGAGGGAGGAGCGGCCACUGAUGGUGUUUAACCUGAAGUGAACGGGCCUACUUGACUUUUCCAACACCUUGAAUUAAAUCUUCACAAGUUUUUUGAAAGCGCAUCAGCAUCCCGUGAGAAAACCUGAGCACAAACAACGGAAGUCGAUGAAGUCUAGAGUAACAAAACCCAACAUGCCUCUUGUAUUAGGACCCUUGGACCCAGGGAGCAGCAAAAUCAUUCUCCCAGAACUUGUGCAACAUUAUAUCGCUAAGCUGAAACAAUGGUUGAAAAGGAGGGAAGGAUCUCAGUGACGCAACUGCAUGUCUUCUGUAAGGGCGGAUUGGACAAGCAUUCAUGUUGUCUUUAGAACUUAUAACUGAGUUUUUGUAAAAAAAAAAAAGUCAUUGUGGUACCAACCCACACAAUAAACUCACUGAAUUUUGUUUUU